CACGAAGUGGCAGGCCGUCAGGUUAUAUGUUCGUCCUGGUAUGUUCAGAACCGCCCCUUGGGGGUCACCGUAUUGUGACAACUUGGUUCCGUGUUUUUAUGGUGGGUUGGUAGCUUCGUUGGGGUGCGACUGUUGAUUGGCUUGGAGAAUUUUAUCCGGGUGUGAACUCCCGGUAAUUUCCGUACCACCCUGGUGUUGAAAUGUGGCCUUAUCCAUGAGACAAGCCCAGAAAUCACGUUCCAGGAACUCUUCUUUUCACCGACCAUCUAAUCUUAUAUAGAGGAGUCCUGAUACCUUUUUCUGCUUCGACCUUGUAGUCUUCAAUUGUUGGUAUCUUGUAAGAAGGUGCUAAGGGCAAGAAGAGACAGAGAAUGAUGGCUAUUGACAUUUGUUGUCUGGAGUCGAGGUAUCUUGCUUUAUGCUGGAAAGAAGAUACGCAACCCAAUUCUUCCAUUUUAUUGGGAUUUCAUAAGGCCAAAGUCCUGAAAUCUCUGAAGCAGGUAUGCUGCUUCGAGGUAUUUUUGGAUCAGAUAAAGGAAUCUGAUAUUUCCUCUCUUAUUGAAGUGUUUUCAAUUAUCAGUUUAUCUGAGAUCGAGGCAGUCGAUUUCUUGCACAAGGCGCCUUAUGCACUUUCCAAUAAAAAGUUUGUUCUAUCUCUUAUUCGUUUGGUCGGCCAAAAGGCUCGGAUAGUUGAUCUGCGAGAUGUUUCCUGUGGCAAAGACUUUAGGAGGGAUCUCUUCCAGGGAGGUUUGUCAUGCCAAGUUUUGCAUUUAGGUUCCUGGCGCACAAGAAAGCUGAAUAUCACUGGAAAAUUUAUGCAGCUUCAUACGCUAAACUUAGAUUUCAGUAUUUCUCUUACCGGCUUCACCAAGGAGUGUUUUAAUUGUAUGCCAAAUUUGGCACGGCUUUCUCUGUGCGAGACCAGAAUUACUAAUCUCUGGACAACAAGUGCUGCCUUGUCGAAGCUCCCAAGUUUAAAAGAGCUCCGCUUCCAGAAUUGCUUAUGUUGCAGUGAUACAAGACAAUGCCCUACCUCAACUGGUGGAAAAGCGAUUUCAUUUGCCUUCAAUGGAUACAAUUCUGAUAUGCUACAGUCUCACUUAUCCAUUUGUUCUCCAUCUAAGGGAAGAAAUGAUUUCAUAUAUCAAAGGAUAGACUCUCCCACAAGAGAUGAUAUGUUUUAUGAUGCGUUUUCUGAUGAUGAUUCAUAUGUAGGUCAUCAUCUCAUUGAGAGUACGAGUGAUGAAUCAUCAGAUGAAAGUGAAGUGAAUUUUCCAAUGCAUUGUGAGGGACCUGUAGAGUGGGAAGCUAGGCUAGCGAAUGCACUUGCUGAAUUGACAGGAUUUGGCCAAAAACAUGGUCCCAUAAUGAAAACGAGUCUCAGUAGCUUUUCAGAUAAAUCUGCCUUUCGAUCUAUGGCAGGUGAAAACCAUUCUUUGUGGAAUGGUGAAUUCAUAUCAGAAAGUGUGGAUGUUAUUAGUGGAAUGGACGAGAAAGGAGCCAUGCACAGAAUCCAUGAAAAUGAUACUUUCGAGGAAAUUAAUGUUUUAGAUGGUAACAGCAGGGAGCACUUAAAUGGUUGCUAUUGCAUAACAAGGGUGCCAAACUCUGGGUCCAAUAAUUGCAGUACCAUAGAAGUUGAUGAUCAACAACUGGAGGAAGGGCCCAAUUUUGAGACCAACAUAUCAACUCAUGAAGUUGCAAACAAGAAGUAUAAAUCACACCAUCCUUCGCCUAUUUGUUUUGAGAAACACUACAGGGAAUAUAUUAUUACUUCAAUACCUAAUCUAAAAGUUCUGGAUAACUUGUGCAUCACAGAUUCAGAAAGGGAAAAGGCUAAGCAAGUAUUUUCUCGACAUUUUGAAUAUUUGCCCUAUAACAGAAGAUGCAAGGAAAAUGUUAUCAAUAUAUUGCAGAGGCGAGAAAGUGGAGGAAGUGCUGGGGGGAAGCGAUCACUCAAACUGAACCAACCUGAUCCUGCAAUUGGCCGGAAUACUGUUUCCUUCACGAGGUCUUUAUCUGCUGCAAAAGUUGGUUCUGCAGUAUGGCCAUCCUCACGUUCAAUGUCCAAGUUCAAAUGUACUGACUCUGAGGAAAUCAAGACAUUUCGUCCACGUCAGUUUGAGUACCAUCCAUCCGAUCCGAGCCUUAUGGUUUUUGGGACCUUGGAUGGGGAACUAGUAAUUAUCAACCUUGAAAGUAGUAAAGUUGUUGCUUAUGUACCAUCGGUCGGAGCAUUAAAUAGUGUUCUGGGACUCUGUUGGCUCAGAAAAUACCCAUCAAAGCUCAUUGCUGGUUCUGACAAUGGUGUUCUGCAAUUAUAUGAUGUCAAUCGGAUGGGUUCAACAAUUUCAGAUAGAGCUCACCAGACUGAUCCUGCUACAUAUACUUUUGAAGAAUUUGAACAGUUGACAUCUGUACAUGUUAAUUCCACAGAUGAAUAUUUUCUCACGAGUGGAAAUACGAAACACGUGGCACUUUAUGACAUUGUUAGUGGAAAACGGCUGCAGACAUAUGAAGACUUGCAUGAAGGACACAUAAACGUUGUUAAGUUUGCCCAUUACUCUCCUUUCAUUUUUGCUACCUCAUCUUUUGACCAUGAAAUAAAGAUGUGGGAUUUGAGACAAAGGCCCUUGCAUUCUUGUUAUACAACUUCCAGCACUAGAGGAAAUGUCAUGGUUUGCUUUUCUCCUGAUGACCGUUAUUUACUAUCAUCAGCCGUCGACAAUGAGGUUAGGCAACAUCUGGCUGUUGAUGGAAGGCUACAUUUGAAACUUGACAUUGCUACUUUGGGGAGCGUACAUAAUUAUACAAGGUCAUAUUAUAUGAGUGGUGGUGACUAUAUUAUUAGUGGGAGUUGUGAAGAAAGUGUAGUCCGUGUAUGCUGUGCUCAGACAGGCAGGAGACUGCGGGAUAUUCCCUUGGAGGCGGCUGGCUCCAGAAACUCCCGUUUUGUUCAAUCUCUUCGUGGUGAUCCAUUUCGGGCUUUCCAUAUGAGCAUUCUUGCAGCAUAUGUGCGGCCAAGCACUAGUUCUGAAAUAAUACAGAUAAACUUACUUACGUCAGAGGCCAGUAGUGAGGAAAAGGGUCGUGAUCAGCUUCUUUCUCAUUCCAGAGGGUUGGGUGGUUGAUCUCUUUCUGGCUGAGCUUGUGAAUUUUUGUCUAUGUGAAAUCUUCAUUGACGAACGUUAGUUACGUUUUGCCUGUAUAUUCCUAUCCCCAGUUCCUAUUUCUUUGUAAAAAGUGACUCUUUUCUUGUGUAUUAUCAUGUCCUCUGUUGUUUGUCUUUGUUUCAAAAAUGAGUAAUGGUGCUUUUGCAAA